AUGCCGCUAUCAUCAUGGCCAGAUGUUCCCCUGCGCUAUGCACUCCCAGCCGUCGCAGCCACGGCUGCGUACUUGAACGCCCGAUGGUCCCUGUCUUACGACCUCGGCAUGAUUAAGUCUUUGCUCAAAUUGACGAUCAAGACCCGAUCUGCUGAGAGAGCGGAUAAACUCAACCUGUUCUACACACUUGAAAGCUAUGCACUCUCACCCGCAACUGCCGAUAGAGAGUUCAUUGUGUAUGACGGAAAGACGUGGACAUAUCGUGAUACCUAUCAUAUGGCCCUUCGUUGGGGUGCGUGGUUCAAGAAGGAACACGGUGUCCAGCGCAAAGAGAUCGUCGCCAUUGAUCUCAUGAACUCUUCAACCUUCUUGUUUGUAGUUCUUGGUCUCUGGAGCAUCGGCGCGGUCCCCGCUUUCAUCAACUAUAACCUUACCGGCAAGCCACUGACCCACUCCGUGCGUACGUCGACCGCGAGGCUUCUGGUGGUUGAUGAGGACGUGCGCGACUGUUUCCCGCAAGAACAGCUGGAUAUCUUUGCAGCAUCGAAUUUCCGAAAUGGCGAAGGACCUGUGAAUGUGGUCUUCUAUACUCCAGAUGUCGAGUCUCAAGUACAGGGUAUGGAACCCACUCGUCUGGACGACAAGGAGCGCAGCGGGCAGUCUCCGCGCGAUAUGGCCAUCCUGAUAUACACUAGCGGUACCACAGGCUUGCCCAAAGCUGCCAUUGUGAGCUGGAAGAAAUGCUGGAACGGAGGUCUAUUCGUGGGUGACUGGUUGAAAAUGGGUCCUUCAGACCGUUUCUACACCUGCAUGCCGCUUUAUCACUCUUCCGCCAUGGUUUUAGGAUUUGCGACAUGCUUGACUAACGGGUCAACCAUGAUUGUGGGACGCAAGUUCUCCGCUCGUAACUUCAUGAGGGAGGCGAGAGAAAACGACGCAACAAUUAUUCAGUACGUUGGCGAGACACUGCGUUAUAUUCUGGGAACUCCAUCCGAGAUCGACCCAGUCACUGGUGAAAACCUUGACAAGAAGCACAAAGUUCGCAUUGCCUUUGGUAAUGGGUUACGGCCAGAUAUCUGGAACCGUUUCAAGGAUCGCUUCAACAUCCCUACUAUUGCUGAAUUCUACGCUGCAACAGAGGGAACUUCUGGGCAGUGGAACCGUUCAUCAAACGACUUUUCGGCGGGUGCCAUUGGCCGGAACGGUGCACUGGGAAAUCUCAUUCUCGGCCGUGGCACAGUCAUCGUCGCCAUUGAUCACGAGACCGAGGAGCCCUGGCGUGACCCUAAGACGGGCCUGGGCAAGCAAGUGCCACGUGGUGAUCCUGGCGAGCUUCUCUUUGCCCUUGACCCCGUAGACCCAAGUGCGACCUUCCAGGGGUACUUCCAGAACAAGAAAGCCACGGAAGGCAAAAUCCUGCGAGACGUGCUCAAAAAGGGCGACGCCUACUUCCGCACAGGCGACAUGGUUCGAUGGGACCAGGAAGGACGCUGGUACUUUUCCGAUCGGAUCGGUGACACUUUCCGCUGGAAAAGUGAGAAUGUGUCGACGAACGAGGUCGCAGAGGUCCUCGGCUCCCACCCUGAUGUCCACGAGGCAAACGUUUACGGCGUAGCCCUUCCAAAUCAUGACGGUCGUGCUGGAUGCGCUGCAAUCGUUUUCAAUCAGCAACUGGCCAGUGGUGAAACCACCGGCCCUGCGCUGGAGCCGUCCUCCACAACCCUGUCGAGCUUGGCAACUCACGCUCUGAAGAACCUUCCACGAUAUGCUGUGCCGCUCUUCAUUCGUGUAUUGCCUGCGAUGUCAUCCACCGGAAACAACAAGCAACAGAAACAUGUCUUGCGAACGGAGGGCGUUGAUGUGUCCCAAGUCUCUCAGAACGACCGUCUCUACUGGCUACAAGGUGAAACUUAUGCUCCAUUUACUCAGAAAGAUUGGGACCGUAUCAAUGGCGGACAAGUUCGUCUUUAG